AUGGAAUUUGAUUGGAAUAAUUAUUUAGAAGAUAAUAAAAGCAUUGCUGUCCCUGAAGAAUUAUUUUCUCACGUUGAGUUAAGUCUUCACAAUGGAAUCAAACAAGGAAUGCUCUUUGAGGUAUGCCACAAAAACAACCCAGAUGUCUAUUGGAUUGCCGAAAUCACCAUGGUCUGCGGUCACCUACUCCGGAUCAAGUUUAUAGGUGCUCAAGAGAACUUCUGGUGUGAUAUAUCCACCACCAAAGUCCAUCCACUUGGCUGGUGUGGGAAGUAUGAUGAAUUAAUAGAACCACCAGAUGAAAUCAAUGAAAAAUGUGGAGAUACAAUUAUAGAAAUAAUGAGAAAGGCCCUAUUGGUCGGACAAUCAGUGUCAUUAGAAGCAUUAAAUAAUAAGGGGUUGUCUCCUAUAGAUAGAAUAAAAGUUGGGAUGAAGGUCGAGAUACAGAAUUUACUUGAUCCAUAUAAAUAUUGGAUUGCAACUGUAUGUGAAAAUGUCGGCGGUCGGCUUUUAGUUCGGUACGACGGAGCUGACGACGAUGUGCCACCGUCUUGGUUGUUUUUCUCUAACCCGAGGAUUAGUAGCUUCGGUUCCGUGACAAAUAAGGGCUCUCCAUGGCAAUUCAAAUAUCCAGGCAAAGUGAAUAAGUUCUCUUGUAAGAAUAAAUUAAGCAUUCAGUUAAGGCUGAGUGCUGAGGAAUCAAUUAAGGAGCCGACUCCAGCUGAUUUGUUUCAGCCCACUCAAACAUACGAAGCUCACAGCUUUUCCACGGGAAUGAAGGUGGAAGCGUUAAGCCCACUAGACAUGAGGACUAUCCGGCCAGCUACAGUCACCAAGAUUUUCAAUAAUCUCCACUUUUUGGUCGUUCUCGAUGACCAUCAGGAAGAUUAUGAGGACACGAGGACAGCGUGGCUAUGUGACAGCAUGCAUCCAUACAUAUACCCCAUUGGUUUCGCGAAACAGAACAACAUACCCUUUAAAGCGCCCAAGGGCAGCAAGGAAACGUUCGACUGGGACGAGUAUUUAACUGAAACAUCCUCUGUCCCUGCGCCGGAUUAUUGCUUCGGCAAGAAAGAUCGACUUACGGGUAUCGAACCGAAUAUGAAGCUCGAAGCGGCUAACCCACUGAAUCCAGAGGAGAUUCAUGUAGCCACGAUAGAAAGGAUAGCAGAGCAUAUGGUGUUUGUUGAGCUCUUGCCAAUUGGGGAGAGAUUCUGGUACUCGCAAGAUAGUGAUUUGCUGUUCCCAGUUGGCUGGUGCGAUAGUAAUAAUUAUGAAUUGCAUAUACCAGAUGUAAGUCCCAAAGAAGUGCCAAAGCAACCAGAACCAAAGAAGGUUCGUGAGGAGUUGAAAACCACGGAAGAGUGGUGUGAUAGGAUAUUUUUCAACUACAAAUGCUACGCUGGACCAUCAAUAAGCAGGAACAAAUUGUCCCAACUGCCGAAACACGUAGGGCCGGGGCCACUGAGUUUGGUCUUGAAGGAGGUACUAAAUAAAAUUAUAUCGGCUUCGUACAAGCCGGCAAAGCUGUUGAAGGACUGGGAGACAGAGGGACCGCCCGAUGAUGGGAUGAGGCUUGAAAUGCUGAGAGCCAAACUGAAAACGAGCACCUACCACGCCUAUGUGCCCAUAGUGACAUCAUUAGAUCAAGUGGCUGCCUUUUGUCGCUCUGUGUGCGUGAAGCUGCAGGGAUGCCCUUUGCUCUUCGGACCCACUCAUUAUCCGGAAAUGUGCCCUAAUAAUUGCCAGAAUGUCGAUAAAUCUACAUUCCACAAUGGAACUGAACGUCGCGGCAGACCGAAGGGAUCAGUGAAUGGCCGGAGGAAGAAGAAGAAGCCAGUACCAGAAAAACGCCAAGAACCACAACCGGUAGAAACCGAUAACAAUGUUGAGUUGGUAGAAAGCGAGCACAGCGCAGGAUCUACACCGCCUUCCGAAUCUGGAACCAGACCCAAUUCCCCAGAAAGCCUCACAGAUUACAAACGAAACACAAGGAGAAAGCGGGAUGCCAAGAACUUCCCUAAACUAGAGAUGAAAACCCGGGGAGCUAAACUACCCAACUUCGCGCUACAAAUGAAAGAAGCCCAUUGGAAUAAGAAAGACGUUGAGACGAUUUAUAACAACACAUGCGCAAAGAAACAAGACAGCGAUACAGAAAAUGAAACAAACGAAAGCAGCUGUCACUCCAGAGAUAAAAACAUUUCAGAUGUGUCAGAUAGCGAGGAGCCAGAACUGAAAAAAUUAAAGAUCAAUUUCAACGACCCGCUACCCACCGACAAUAAAAUGUUUGAAAAAGACGCUCCGAUGGCCUGGAUAAAACAGACGAAGUUAGCUCCCAAUCCGUUGCAUUGGAGCGUAGAUGACGUCUACAACUACCUCAUAAGCACAGACUGCAAACUAGUCGCGGAGAAAAUGAAACAGGAGGAAAUAGACGGACAAGCAUUUAUUAUGUUGGAUUUAAAUAUUAUUAGGGACUUCCUGCACAUGAAAAAGGAAUUCGCCGUGCAGCUCUGCAAGCACAUCACAAUGGUUAGGUGGUAUUAUGUAAUCAAUUUCGAGGAAAACUAG